CGGAUGACGUCAUAUUGUCAGACUAACUUUUUCGUUCUUAGAGUUUCGUUUGCUGGCAACUUGACACUUGUUCUACGUUCAUGGCAUUAAGCAUGAACACUGUGAUAUGCAGACUGACUCAUUUCUUAAUCAGUUGGCGGUGAAACUCUCCAAAUACAGAAGUAAGGGCACGAAAUACGCAUUUCCAGAGAUAUAGACUCGUCCGGUGCUCGCCAUUUUACCCGGAACACGAGUCGGUGACAGUUGUUUUAGCAGUCAUUCUUUUCAAUAUUCUCCAAAGAAGGUGAUCCGGCUAAUACCAGUUAUGACAUGUAGACCAUAAUGGGAGGAAUAUUAAGAAGGUGUUGCACCCAUGAUGAACAACGACGUCGGCAGCAGCCAUACAAGUUGGCUCCUGUCUCCUCCAAAGCUCAGUCAGUGUCAAAGUCAUCACACAAUCAGCACAUAGUGCAACACGAUCCCGAUGAAGCCUACCAUAUUGGUCAUCUCCUGGGUAAAGGUUAUUUCGGCACAGUCCACUCGGCCACCCGAAAAUGCGACGGACUUCCAGUCGCAUUAAAAUCCAUCAAACGACAAAAGAUCAAACGUUGGGGAAAGAUGAACGGUCGGACGGUCCCUCUAGAAGUCUGUCUGCUCAGCAGCGUGCAGAACGUGCGUGGCGUCAUCAGACUGCUCGACUUCUACGGAGACUCCUGCUGCUACGUCAUGGUCAUGGAGAGACCGGAAGGCGCCAUGUCGCUGUGCAACUACAUAGAAGUGCAUGGCGACCUCAGUGAGCUCAAGGCAAGACACUUCUUCUACCAGUUAGUGGUAGCGGUCAGCGAGAUCGAGAAGAGCGGCGUCAUGCACGGGGACAUUAAGGCGGAGAACGUUCUCAUUGACAGGGACGAGCGGGUUAAGCUCAUCGACUUCGGCUCGGCGGAGUUCGUGCGCCAAGGGUACUACCAUGCAUUCCGGGGAACUCGGCGUUAUCGUCCCCCGGAAUGGCUGGAAUACAAGCGGUUCUACGGACCUCCCGCCACAGUGUGGUCGCUAGGUGUCUUGCUGUACGCUAUGGUGUGCGGUGACGUGCCUUUCCACUCACCCAGACAGAUCUCUAAAGCAGUCCUUGUCUUCCGCGUCUCAGUAUCGCGAGCAUCAGCAUCACAACAUCACAACAACAACAUUAAAAUCAUCAGUAGCGUCAUCAGUAGCAUCAUCGGCAGCAUCACCAGCACCAACAUUAACAUCAUCAGUAGCAUCGUCAGUAGCAUCAACGGCAGCAGCAACAUUAACAUCAUCAGUAGCAUCAUCAGUAGCAUCAUCGGCAGCAUCACCAGCAGCAACAUUAACAUCAUCAGUAGCAUCAUCGGUAGCAUCACCAGCAGCAACAUUAACAUCAUAAGUAGCAUCAUCGGCAGCAUCAUCAGCAGCAAUAUUAACAUCAUCAGUAGCAUCAUCAGUAGCAUCAUCUGCAGCAUCACCAGCAGCAACAUUAACAUCAUCAGUAGUGUCGCCAGCAUCAACAACAUUAACAUCAUCAGUAGCAUCGGCAGGAUCACCAGCAGCAACAACAUUAACAUCAUCAGUAGCAUCGUCACCAGCAGCAACAUUAACAUCAUCAGUAGCAUCAUCAGUAGCAUCGUCAGCAUUACCAGCAGCAACAUUAACAUUACCAGUAGCAUCAUCAGUAGCGUCGACGUCGGUUGCUCAGCGGUUACAUGUUCACGUGUUAUGUGGUUUGAAAGAUAGGAACGGAAUGCAGUCAUGACUUCAGAGUUUCCAUCAAAAUCACUAGUGACAUCACUGUAACAUCACUGUAACAUCACUGUAACAUCACUGUAACAUCACUGUAACAUCACUAGUAACAUCACUGUAACAUCACUAGUAACAUCACUGUAACAUCACUGUAACAUCACUGUAACAUCACUGUAACAUCACUGUAACAUCACUAGUAACAUCACUGUAACAUCACUGUAACAUCACUAGUAACAUCACUGUAACAUCACUGUAACAUCACUGUAACAUCACUGUAACAUCACUGUAACAUCACUGUAACAUCACUAGUAACAUCACUGUAACAUCACUGUAACAUCACUAGUAACAUCACUGUAACAUCACUGUAACAUCACUGUAACAUCCGACUCGACUCUGUGUAUCUUCUCAUAAGAUCAUUGUAAUGUUUUAAGGCUGAGAGGGGAGAGGGUGUUACAGACCCGAGGGAACCUGAGAGAGUGGUGGAAUAGCCUCCCCUCCUACCCACCCCCACACACGCGCACACACACGCACACACACACACACACACACAGACACACACACACACACACACAGACACACACACACUCACUCACACACGCACACACGCACACUCACACACACACACACACUCACAAACACACACACACACACACACACACACACACACACGCACUUGCAUACACACACACGCUCCACGACAAAAAUGUAUUUUGUCUUAUAUAGAUAAAGAUAAAUCAUAUGGUUUGUGUCCCCCACUCUACCCCACUAGAGUCUGUGCCUACCCCACUCCAGUCAUCGUUCAUAUGGGCCUGUAUUAUGUAGUGGAGUUUCACCAAAACAAAAGAAGAAAAAUCAUGUGCAAGUCAAAAUAGGGUAUAGCACCAGACACCAGUUGGUUGUGCAUCGUUUUGGAAAAUAGCCUCUAAACGUCUGCAAUAAACAUUUUGAAAGAUUUCAGGGAUCUUUCAUUCAUUUAAUUCUGAUGGAACAACAGAUGCACCAGGGAGAUGUGUUGUUUGAAUGAAUCGUGCAUUUUAAAAUAAAAGCAUGAAAAUUGGCAAACACAUACUACACAUCAUAGAGAUUAAUUUUAAGACUGGAGGCAUUCUCAAUAUGACCUUCAAAAUGGCCGCCAUGUCAAUUUCGCUAUAUAAAAUCAUGGUCAAAAUAACCCUAAAUAAUAUUUUAACGUUAUUUUAUGUUUAACUACUUCCAUGAAUGAACCUCUAGAAUUAAAGACAUAAUUAGAACAUUGACCUCAAAUGACCUUUAGAGGUCAUAUCUGGGUCAUAUUGAGAAUGCCUCCAAUCUUUAAAAUAUUAUCUAUGAUGUCUAGUAUGUGUAUGCAAAGUCUCUUGCUUUUAUCAAAAAGUGCACUAUUCUGUCAUUUUUGUACACAUAUCCUCUGGACUAUAUACAGUUAUAAUGUCCUCAAGUUUCUCAGACGCUCUGAUAUCUAGACACCAAACGCUGGAGCAGAAGGGAUACUGUUUGAUAAAAAAAAUUAAAAAAAAAUCACUUUGACUUUGCAUGUAACAUAAAUAAAAGUGCCUUGCUGGCCCAUAGCACAGUUGUACUUUAAAACAGUAUAAACAAAUUUAUAGGUCCAGGUCAAGGUGUGUAUGAUCAUGGUCGAAGGUGAAAGUUAGACAAUAUUCAUAAAAGCUGUUUCACAGCACUCAAUUUGGCACAUACAUGUAUGUACUCUUAAGUAUGUACAAAUCAUUAUAAUGUACAACUUACCAAACAUUUGAAAUCCUAUACCCGGUGAUAAUAAAUCAAUGUGCUCUAGUGGUGUUAGUAAACAAAACAAACUUACUUCUUUUUUUUUCCACUGGCGUCGUUAAACAAAACAAAAUUACAACUGUUUCUUUUAAUGGAUUGCUUUGAUAAGGACUCAGGCUUUGGAGACAUUUCGUGACAAUAAAAAUUGCUAAAAAAUGUACUGGAGUUGUUUCUCUUCGGUCGGUAGUAGGUAUGGCCAUAUUCCAUUAAUUCUGUGUAGUAAAUUCUGAAAUUCGAGCAAAAACGAUAGAGAUAUUCGGGCAAAAUUAGUUGUCCUGAAACCUUUUCACCAUUCUACCCACACUAUUAAACGAUAGAGAUAUUCGGGCAAAAUGAGUUGUCCUGAAACCUUUUCACCAUUCUACCCACACUAUCAGUUGAAAUCCUUGUAAAAAUGCGUAGUGAUUUCUUUGCAAACCCUAUAUCAGGCCCGUAAAAGCUAAGGUCCACCUUUUUCUUCAGUUUUUAAAAUUGCACAAAUAGCUAGUUGACUUGUUGACUUUUGUAACUCUCCCAUAAAACUAAAUUUUCUUGUCUUCGUCAUUUACGAAUCCCCUUAUCAAACCUGCAGUGUAGAUGAUUCAGAACUAAUCUGGCAAAAAAAAAUAAAAAAAAUGAACGUACAUUUAGCAAAAAUGUAUAAUUGUACUUUCUGCUAUAUUGAUGAACUCGUAGCAUUCGAUAAUUACACCCCUGCGCGUGCUGUAACCUCACCGUGGUGCAGGGAUGUAACAUUCUCUUUGAGAAUGGCCAAUACAGCACAAAUUGAAG